GGGGAAUAAAGCGCGACCCCGCGACAGUUGCGGCGGGAGAGCGGCGGGGCAGAGAGCGUGACUCGUCUGCUCCGGUGCCGCCCGUUCUCGCUGUCCUUCCCGCCGUCGCCGCCGCCGCCGCGCAAUCAUGUCGGAGGAGAAGCCCAAGGAGGGAGUGAAAACAGAGAACGACCACAUCAACCUGAAGGUGGCCGGGCAGGACGGCUCUGUGGUGCAGUUCAAGAUCAAGAGGCACACCCCACUGAGCAAGCUGAUGAAGGCCUACUGCGAGAGACAGGGCUUGUCAAUGAGGCAGAUUAGAUUCAGGUUUGAUGGGCAGCCAAUCAACGAGACAGACACUCCAGCACAGCUGGAGAUGGAGGAUGAGGACACCAUCGAUGUAUUCCAGCAGCAGACAGGGGGAGCAGUUCCCCGAGGGACUGGCCCCACGUCCUACCAUCAUCCAUGCAUCUGCUAUUGAAUGGCUUACGUGCAGUCACGCCAACCACUGAAGAGUCAGCAGACGCCGGACAGUCACUGAAGCAAUUCUCCUCUCAUGCACUUCCAGGGCAACUCCAAACUGUAUCUGCAGGGAUGAGGUCACCACUUGGUUAACCAGAGUGUUUGGUGUAGGUGAUAUGAAUCGUGAGAUUUUUUGGGGUUUGUUUUUUGUUUUCAUUUUUGUUCCCUCCCGCCCCUAAAAUGUUCUUUUCCUAAACUUGGGUUUGGAUGUGGGCUAUGUCUGCAGCCAGACCUAACCUCCAGAGCUGAGAUUGCUCCUGUUGCCUUUUGUCCUGACUACACAGAGAGCUCAGUCACCCAGUGGGUGUGCCUUUGGGACAAGCAUGUGGGAGUAGAAUUCCACUUACUGUUCGACAUAGAAUAUUAAAAUGUGAAGUAAUGCAAAUUUAAGCUUUGUUAAACAUAUGGCAAAGUUGAGGGGAAAUUCUAAGGUUCCGAAAAGGUUAAAAAUAAAAGUAACAAGUCCUCCAGUAAAAUGACCCAGGUGCUCCUGCUCCCAAGUGUGUCCCUCAGGGGCGAGGCCUAGGUGUCACCUUUACUCAGUACCUGGUCAUGGGCACAUGGGUAGAGGUCAGCACAACAAAACUCACUCUUUUCCCUUUCUCUAAUGAAGAAAGUAAUUACCAUAUUUCUGAUUUGGAAAUUGUGUUUUGGUCUCAGAUUUCUAGUAUUUGGUUCUGAUCAGUAAUUAUGGUUUAUUAUAUAAAAUCACAAGAUUAAGCAUCCAGUUAGUGACAUGUAAAAGAGCUGCUUCAAAAUGUGGUUGCAAAAGAAACCCAUGAAAAGGCGACUGCAUUCUCAUGGACUUGUGCUCUGCCGCUCUCCAGAUGUACCUGAAACUAUGCCCCAGUCGUGACUUCACUUCUGCAUUUGGGGUCUAUACCAGUUAAAAUGUUCAUAGUUCUGCCUAUUGUCCUUCUGUAAGGAUCCAUUGCUGCUUGAGGGCCAUUCUCUGCCUUUUAUAGUCACUUGACAAUGACCCAUCAUCUGCUUGCUCAAAAUCCUGCAGAAAAUGUUCUUGUUUGCUGUUUUGCUGUGUGGGCUCGGGUGGGACGUCUGCUGGCUUUGUUGUUUUAGUCACCAAUUUGUACAUUAUUUGUUGUCAUUUGCUACUGUAAACAGUAAAUAUAGUUUGGUAUUCUG